UCGACCUGACUCCAGAGCGUUUCACUUUGACCUUCCUCGCUGUCUCACCUCCUGACUCCCCUCCUACUUCUCUUCCCCGACUCGACUGACUAUGUCGGCUACUCCCACAGUGCAGGUCCCGCUCAGUCAAGGAGCGGGCUACGGUGUCAUUAUCGGUCUCGGAGCCCUCUUUGCCCUCGCCGUAGUGGGCAUCUCUCAAGCUCUUCGGAGAUACUCUGGCGUCGUUCAGUCUGCAAGCGAGUAUGCUGUAGCGUCGCGCAGCCUGUCCACCGGUCUGACAGCGGCUGGAGCGGUGUCUGCUUGGUGCUGGUCGGUAACGCUGCUGUCCUCGGUAUCGACUGCGUACAAUUAUGGACUUGCUGGUGCUCUGAUCUACGGAGCGGGGAACAUGUCGCAGAUUACCCUCUUCUCGCUCAUUGCAAUCCAGAUGAAGCGCAAAGCACCCACUUUGCAUACUCACCUCGAGCUGAUCCAUGUCAGGUACGGGGCUGCGAGUCAUCUGACUGUGCUCUUCUUCGCUGUAGCCACCAACAUCUUGGUGGUGAGCUCAGUAGCAGUAGGAGCAGCUGCAGCCAUCAACUCCAUAACAGGAGUGUCCAUUUAUGCGGCCUUGUGGCUGCUCCCAGCGGUAGUCAUGGCUUACACCCUCACUGGAGGUCUGAGGUCCACCAUCCUCGCCGAUUAUCUGCACACCAUCGUCAUCUUCAUUAUCCUCUUUGUAUUCUGGUUCACCACCUAUGCCACAAGCGAUAAGGUCGGCUCUCCUGGAAGGAUGUACGAUCUGCUCCAACAAGCUGCGACUAGUAAUCCGAGUCCGAAUUAUGAGGGUAGCUGGACAACAAUGAAGAGUCUGGGGGCCAUCAAGUUCGGCUGGCUGUCUUUUCUCGAGUAUACUGGCGUGGUAUUCAUGGAUGCCUCUUUUCAUCAGAAGGGUAUCGCAGCGAGUCCCUCGGCGACAGUGCCAGGCUACAUUCUUGGCUCGCUCUCCUGGUUCUCCAUUCCUUGGUGUCUUGCGACUACUGCGGGCCUCGUGGCUCUCGCUCUCGAGACCACCUCCCCUUCUUUCCCCACCUAUCCGAAUAAGAUGACUGCGGACCAGGUCUCAUCGGGACUUGUGCUUCCUUAUGCUGCACAGGCCAUCCUGGGCAAGGGAGGAUCGGCUGGUGUGCUCCUCCUGAUGUUCAUGUCCUCGACAUCGGCCAUCUCGGCCCAGCUCAUGGCAGUCGCGUCCAUCUCGGGCUACGACAUCUUCAAAACGUACUUCAAGCGCUCAGCUACUGCCGAUGAGAUUCUGAGGGUGCAGCAGAUCAGCGUCAUCGCCUUCACGAUUUUCAUGGCCGCCUUUGGCAGCAUGCUACACGGUGUAGGAGUCGAUGUGGGCUUCCUGUACAAUAUCACAGGUGUCUGGUCCACUGCCGCUCUCAGCCAGAUCUGCUUCAUCUUCUUUUCUUCACGUCUCCCGAGGUGGUGUCUCUUCCCCGGUGUCUGGAUCAGCUUUGGUGCAGGCCUUGCAGUCUGGCUGUCACUCGCCUCCCGACUGGUAGAGGGACCCCUCUCCCUGACGGCUUUGAGCGACACGGACGUCUGCCUGUACACCUUCGCCACUGCCAUCGGGACCGGCCUGCUCCUCUGCACCCUCGGCUCCCUUUUCACCCCGCAGCACUUCGACUGGGACUCUAUCUGGACCUCUCCUCACUUGUCCGCCGCGGACGCGCAAGAGGUGGACAAGAUCAAGAAUGACGAGCACUUUGCGCGUCCUUACCUAAACAAGUGGCUCAACGUCUCGGUGAUUGCAUCUGUCAUCAUCUUCUCAGUCUUCAUGCUGAUCUGGCCGCUGAGCUUGUACAGGGAGUACAUCUUCACAAGAUCCUUCUUCGAAGGCUGGGUCGGAGUGUCUCUCGCAUGGGCAAUAGUGGCUUUCACCAUCGUAGGGCUGUAUCCGCUCUGGGAAGGGAGGAAGAUCAUCAAGACUGUAGUGGUGGCACAUUGGGUUGCGGUCAGAGGCACAAAGGAAGAAGCGCCGGGCCCAUCGCCUUUGACGACCAGCUCGGACUCGACGGCUUCGCAGGUGUCUACUUCGGACGAGAAGUUCCCUUUGCCUCACGAUAGUCCCGUCGAACAGGGCCAAGAGCUUGUGGGAGCAAGCGCGACCGCAGAGUCAGGGUCGUCGCCGUAGAGGUUUCUAUACACGAGAUACCGACCUGGGUCCUUGAGCUCCAAGCAGUGCAAGUGUUCACAGCUGCGUCGUUUGAGUGCAUGAGCUUUGGCG